AUGGACGGUGACCUGCAGCAUAUCCGUGACUCUUGUGCCUCAUGCAACGCCCACGCGCCUUCCCAAGCAGCCGAGCCUUUCAUCCUGACGCCCCCACCGGAGUACCCAUUCCAGCACACGGUAGCCGAUCUGGUCCAGCUCGAAGGGCAGGUGUAUCUGGCAUAUGCUGACAGGUGCACAGGUUGGCUGGAAAUCAACCACCUUCCCAACGGCGCUACGUCAAGCAAAAUUAUGGCAGUGCUUCGGCAGUAUUUUGCAAGAUGGGGCGCCCCAGAAAGCAUUUCCACUGAUGGUGGCACCAACCUCACCAGCGACGAGGUGAGCAAGUUUUUGGAGUGCUGGGGUGUUGCCAUGAGGACGUCAUCGGCGCACUUUCCCCAAUCAAACGGCCGGGCAGAGGCAGCGGUCAAAUCAGCGAAGAGGCUUCUACGUGAUAACACCACCCCGGGAGGCAGUUUGAACAGUGACAGGUUCCCCAAGGCCCUACUGCAGUACCUGAAUACACCUCUGAGGGAAGGGAAUAAGUCACCCGCACAGUUGGCUACAGGGCGGCAACUUCGCGACGGCAUACCAGUACACCGACAACACUAUAUGGUGGACAAGUAUUGGCAGCAGACGCUCCGCGGCAGAGAGCGUACGGUAGCCCGUCAGCGCCUUACCGUGAUGGAGCGACAGGGAUCCCCCAGGACGCUCCCUGCCCUGUCGCCCGGCACUCAGGUCUGGGUCCAGACCCAGGCCACACUCGUCUGGGACAGACGCGGCGCGGUUGUGGAGGCUUAA